AUGUCUGCUUCAAUUCCAGGAAAUCGAGAUAUUCCCGUCUCCCAGUAUGAUUUGACCACAUACUGGGGACGGGUUCGCCAUGCGGCGGAUGUGUCUGAUCCUCGAACACUUCUGGCAGGCACCGCAGGACUGGAACAGGCAAAGAGCCUUCUUGCCCAGUAUAAACAGAAUAAACUCCCCGGAGUGAUGACGCCAGAUCUAUGGCAAGCAAAGAAGGUCGUAGACGCGACACUGCACCCCGAUACGGGUGAACCGGUUCUGCUUCCGUUUCGCAUGUCCUGCUAUGUGCUGUCCAACCUGGUUGUGACGGCUGGUAUGCUGACCCCGGGCCUUGGUACGCCCGGUACCCUACUUUGGCAAAUUGGCAACCAGUCGCUCAAUGUUGCGAUCAAUAAUGCCAACGCCAACAAAUCCACCCCAUUGUCCGUUUCCCAAAUCGCCAAAUCCUACUGCAUGGCUGUCUCGGCCUCCUGCUCUGUUGCCCUGGGGUUGAAUGCUCUUGUCCCUCGCCUCAAGAGCAUAUCCCCCAAUACUCGCCUUAUUCUCUCCCGUUUGGUCCCCUUUGCCGCCGUCGCAAGUGCAAGCGCCCUCAAUGUCUUCCUCAUGCGUGGUGAGGAGAUCCGCCAAGGAAUCGAUGUAUACCCCAUUUUGUCAGAGUCUGAACGUGCCGAGCGUGAACAGUCUGAGGAUAGCCAACCAGUCCAAAGUCUAGGAAAGAGCAAGAAGGCUGCUACCAUUGCCGUUGGCGAAACGGCUAUUAGUCGUAUCUUGAACGCCACACCUAUUAUGGUCCUCCCGCCACUGAUUUUGGUCCGCUUGGAGAAGACGCAGUGGCUGCGCUCUCGUCCUCGUAUGGUCAUGCCCAUCAACCUUGGCCUCGUUUUAACUACAUCCCUCUUUGCACUCCCUCUGGCUUUGGCUGCUUUCCCUCAGCGCCAGGCUAUCAGUGCUAGCAAACUAGAGGAUGAGUUCCAUAGCAAGGGCGGGUAUAAGGGUAUGGUGGAGUUCAAUCGUGGGAUGUAA